AUGAAGAGAAAGAGACACAGUAAACCACACUUCACCUUCCCUGUUGUGAUAAUCCUUUCUUUAUGUUUGCAAACAAGUGCAAACAAUACCCAUUAUCCUAGGGUUAUAAAUGAAACCUGGAAUCCUAUCAGCCAAAACCUAAGUGGAAGCCAGAACAUAACAGAAGCCAAUACAAAUUCUCCUCUAAGCAUUGAUUUCAACAGCAAAACGACUACUUUCGAAAUGCACGCAAGUACCCUGCAAUCCUUAUUCUCCACAAUGGCCCAAAAUUUAACAUCUUCCCCUGCCAGAAGUGCUGUUUCUGCCGCUGGAGGACCUAGGAAUACCAGCAAACCCAAGACUACAAUGACAAAAGAAAUAUGUGAAGACAAUAAGUCUCUUAUACUGAUUUGCUUCAUUGUAAUAGCAGUACUCGUGCUUAUCUGCACCUUCUUAUUUCUGUCGACAGUCGUAACAGCAAACAAAAUGUCCUAUCUCAAAAAAACUAAGCAAGGAAAACGUAGGCCCAGGAGCAAUGGUGAUAUUCUGGCAACUAACAGUUUAUGGCCAACUGCAGCAGGAACAUGGCAGAGGAUGCCUAAGGAGAUAACUGGAACUGACUUGAUAAUGCAAGACUUAGUAUCAGGGAGACAUGCUGCGAUCCAAAGGAAAAUUGAAGAUGAAACUACUGAGAAACUCACUAAGGACACAGAUAAUAAACAGGAAAACAAAGAACCAUCAAAGUCACACAAACCCAUUUUAACCAAUUUUGUAGUUGAGAUUUAA